AUGCCACGUGGGUUGUCUCGACCAGGUGCUCCUGGAAUCAAAGCUGCCACCGGCACCGACCUCAGCGGAAAGGAGAACGUGGUGGCCUUCAAGGUGGGCACUGAGAGGAAGCAGACGAAGAUCGAGGCGGGACAGCCACGAAAGGUGGACAUGACGCUUCCGACGAAGUGCUCCGUUACUGUCUUGAAGAGUGUUGGUGCCGGAGAGAUUCCGGUGCCCAAGGGUCAGGUAUUACCUGCCUUGGUCGCUGACUCCGAUUGGUCCCUGCCGUCGCUGACUCAGCUGACGACGCCCCUGGCGGACCUGCUCGCGGCCGCGAGUUCGGCCACAAGGGCGCGAUGUGAAGAUGCCAGCUGCGCCCGGCACAGUUUUCUUUCUUCCCUUCAGACGGACGAAGCGCCAAACUUCGCAGACUUGGUCCCCCAAGCAGCGCUGUUUCUGGCUGAGAAUCAUGAGAACUUCUGCUGCGCCACGUUACAAAGUGCCGCCUGGCUGCUCCUGGAUUCCGAGUUCACCAUGGGCGACGUCCCCGACGCUGUGCAGCGAGCGCAGCACAGCUACCGCAGCUGGGUGCGCGCGGCGUCGGAUGCAGGGGCGGACGUUCUGACAGCCCUGACGGAAGUUCCAGGAGCCGUUGAGCUCUUUCGCUUGUUGUCAUGGAGAUUUGGAGGGCUGAGAGAAUGCAAGGCUUCCCGGGCCAUUUCUCACGUCCUGGAGCUCUGGAGCCAUCGACAGCCAGGUCCGCCAGGUCCGCCAGGUCCGGCGGCGGCGGUGGUGGAGUUUGACGACGCAGGCACAUCUAGCUGCGCAGAGGAAGCACUGACAGGGCUGCAGGGCUUGAUUGGUGAGGAUUUGAAGCAAAAUGAGGGGUACAAGGUGAGGCCGUCUGAGUUUGCAUGGCAUGUAUCCAGUCAGCCCAGCCUUCGCAUGCACUAUGUUUCCAAUUCAUCCUUGAGAGUUCCUGAAGACGUGGAGAUUGUCAUGCUGAUUUUAGAUGGCUCCCGCACUGGGCUGUUGAACCUCAAGGCCCUGGCUGGGCAUUUGAGUUUGGGCAUGAUCUUUAGCAUCUCCCUCACGUUGUCGAAUCCGUAUCACCAUACUGACGCUGACGACCCCAUGGCGGUCUAUGAAUUUCUGGUUUGGCAUGGCUUUCGACUGGAGCUCAGAGGAAGGGAUGAUCAAAUUCGAUCGGUGGGAGAGUUGCAACUGGCCAUCGCUACUCCCGAGGCUCCCGCCGAGCUCCAGGUCUUGGCACUUCCCAGGAAGUACGCUCCGCACACAGUCGCUGGGGGCUCAGUGCUUGAGGAGAGUUGUGCCAAGAUGGAUGAGAGACCCAACAGCUGGGCUGAAGUGACCUUCGAAGGUCUGUCCAGCAGCCUUCAGCACUUGGCCCAGGUGCUUGGAAGGAAGCAGCUUGGAGUGGUACUUUCGGCCAACGCCUAUGACCAUGAUGAAUUGCUGGCUGCAGAGACUUUGAUGCGACAUCCCAAGGUCAAGAGCCUCUUCCUUCUGAAUCACCAGCGCGCCAUGCAGUUGUCCCAGCUGUCCCAGCAGACCUCCAAGGAGUUGGUUCUCUUGACCCAGCCACCUUUGGAAAGCCUAUGCACCAUUGCUCGCAGCGGUGUGUCCAUCGCAGUGCAAUCCUUGCGAUGGCUCGUCGCAGCCCGCAAGGUCGUGGCCCGCCGUCGCUGCGGCGCGUUGAAGCUGCAUUUGGAAGUGGAGACGGGCGUUGGAAGGACUGGCUUGAAGGGCGUCGUGGCAGCGGCUCACAUCAUUCUGAAGGCUCCAAUGAUGAGACUUGAAGGACUCUACACCAAGCUCUGUUGCAGUCAGGACGCGGCUGCCACUGCGCGCAGCCUCUUCUACCUCCAGGGCCGCGAAGCUUUGCUCCGCGCUUUGCUGCGUGCUGCCGGGCAUCCGCCGAAACUUUCGGUGCACGUGGGGGGCGGUUUGGCGGUGAGGCCCAAUGAAGUUGCCAAGGCCCUGCGUCACUUCCCCACGCAUUGGUUGCUGCGGAUGGGCGAAAGUCUUUUCCGGAGAUCUGAUGAGCUGGACAUCACCUGGAAAACGACGAUCUCAGCCUUGCGCUUCCUGUCUUCUGGCCGCUUCGGCUAUUGCGCCGCGGACGCCCACUGCGACGUGCGGCCGGCGGUGCCGAACAGCGGCACUUGGGUAGCGGUGCUGCCUGUGGGCUUCGCAGAGUUUCGGGGUGACGAGGUCUUCCUCGGCGAUUCCGUCGCGAAGGUCCUGAGCUCCGGCGCCAGCACCACGGUGGUCGAGGCGGAGGUCGCGGAGGUCGCGGUGGGCGACGUGGCGACGCUCUGCCGGAAGUGCGCCAUGAACUCGGUCCCGUGGUCCGUGCCACGAGUUCCUUCUGGAGUGAAUAUCUCUGAGUUGCGACAUUGUUGGCCAGUGGUUUGGUGA